UGCGUGCAUGCUCUGAAGUUUCUAAAUAUUAGACUUUUCAAUCUUUAUAAUGAAAUAAUCACGAUAAUACAUAAAUACUGUUUAUCAAACUAAAAUAAGAACGCAAUAUUUUUGACCAAUCAAGGUUUAGGUUACCAUUCACAACAUGGCGGACUUCGAUUACUCAGUGGAAGAGUAAGGCCGGUAGCUUCCACUUUAGUUUGAUAUUUGUUUAAAAAUUAAAUUAGAUUUCCGUGAGUAGAAGUUGUCAGAAAACCUGUGACUGCAUCGUCAUGCCAGACAUGGAGCGACUGCAUCUGGAAGAUGCACUUGAAGAUAGUCCUCAGACACGCCAUCUCCUGAUGGUAUUUGAGAAAGAUGCCAUGCAGCUUAAAAAAUUCACAAUUAAUAUGCACAGCUGCUGUCAGAGAAUCAUGUCUGCUCAGAAUGAACUUUGUGCUGCGACACAAGCCUUGGCACAGCAACUGCGAGCAUAUGAAAUUCAGAAAUUCCCAUUGGAAUCUGAAGACAGCAUUUUGACCUCAACCUUGAAACAGUUUUCCAGCUAUCUGGAUGAUAUAAGUUCUAUACAUCAAGUAUUAGCCCAGCAGUUCUCAGAGACUAUGAUGUAUCCCCUCAACAAGUUCCUACAGGCAGAUUUGGAAGAAGUAACCACUAUGCAUGAGAUGUUCCAGAUGGCUUCACAAGAGCAUGAACAGACACUGACACGCUACAUGAAGCUUCCUCGGAAAAAAGAGGAGAGGUCUCGUGUGGAAGCCAAUGAGGACCUUUUCAGCAUGCGCAAAAAGUUUCAUCAGACUGCACUUCAUUACUACUCUGCACUGAAUGCCCUGCAGUACAAGCGCAAGUGUCAGUUGCUGGAGCCUGUUUUAGGCUACCUUCAUGCCCAACGUGCCUUUUUUCCAAUGGGGCAGGAUGCUGUUUGUAAAAAGGAAGUGGAAGACUUUCUGUCCAACAUUGGUGCUAGUGUACAAGGAGUACAUGCAGAACUGGGCCAAGAAACUAAGAGAACAGUGGACCUCAUUGACACCAUUGAGAAGCAGAGUGCUCACCUGUAUCAUGCUGAGCCACCCAUCGACAUGCCAUUCAUUCCACCUAACACAGGACUGGCUCAGAAGGCAGGGUACCUCAUGCACCGCAGUCGGCAGGCAUUGAUUGCCAGCAAGUGGGAACGUUUGUACUUCUUUACACAAGGUGGCAAUCUGAUGUGCCAGUCUAAAGAUGAGGUCAUAAAAAACCAACUGGAUGAAGUGGCAGGAAAGUUAAUGCUGGAUUUGAAUGAGGAGGGAGUUCUUGCAGAGCCAGCGGAAGUGGAGGAUAGAAGAUUCACGUUCCAGGUGACAUCUCCACAAAGUAAAAAAACCAUAAUCUUGCAAGCUGAAAACAGCAGAGAACGUGAUGAGUGGAUUGCAACCAUCAACAAUAUUGUGAGAGAUGGGGGCUAUGUCAAAGGAAAAUCAUCCUUAAAGAAAAAGGACGAAAGCACCAAUCAGCUGGGAUCUGAACUUGCAUCACCACGUCAACAAAGCCCAGGCUUAGAAACAGGCUCAUUGGUUCCCUCCACUACCAUCACUCCUGUGGAAGGACUCAACCUGGACGCUCCAAUCCAGUUUGAUCUGGUAUCUCCUGUGGAAGGGGGGUUGUCAUUAACACCACUCAUCGGUCCACCAAAUACAACAGAUGCCAGGCGCAUCAAUCCUUUUGAUCAGUCUGGUUCAGAACUGUUGAGUACACCAUAUGAUAAUGCUGCCUUUGCACAAAAUUUCACUGUACGCUUUCUGGGGUCCAUGGAAGUUAAGCAAGACAGAGGUGAACAACUGGUUCAUGCAACUAUCCGUCAGAUCAUGGCAGCUCGUGCCAUCCACAAUGUCUUCAAGAUGACAGAAUCUAUCAUGAAUGUCACAAGUGAAGGCAUAAGACUAUUAGAUCCUUCAACUAACUCAGCCCGUGUUGAGUUUGCACUCCAAGAUGUCUCCUUCUGGGCUACACACCCAGAGAACAACAGGCUUCUGGGGUUCAUCACUCGCAAUCGGUCAGCUACUCCCCCAGGACCCAACCCAGUGCCUGGUUCUUUGUCUUUUGCCUGCCAUGUUUUUGAGACCAACAAUUCUGCAGAAGAUAUCUGCCAAGCCAUCAAGCAGGCCACAAACAUUGCCUUUCAAGCCCUGAUGGACCGCAAGAAGGGCCGCACACCACAGAAGCCCAAGCCUCAGCCAAUAAUUAAUGACAAGGAUACACUUUGGAAACCAUCAGAAACUGGAAGACGAGGAUCGGGUGAGAUCUACCUCUUAGUCCAGACGGUCGAUAUUUGUGCUGAGCACCACAGACUCCGAACCUUCCUUCUCCCCCAACUCUCUUGUCCCACAGUAAUCAAGGCUGAGGUUGGUCAAGGAGAAAGUGCUGCUAUAUCACCUGACAUGUGUCCUGAUGAAGAGUCAGAAGCAUAAGGAAGGUGAGGAAACAUGACAAGAGGGGCUGGGUUUCUUUUGUUGCUUUGGAAAGCCAAGAUAUUUUGUCCUGAAGGCUUUAGUACACAAAUACAAUUAAUACAUAAAUGUUUUUGUUUGGUUCUAGUAUUCUGGUGAAUUUGGUUUGGUUAAGUUUUUUAAUACUUUUUUUCAAACUACUGACUGAAACUAUCAAAGGUUUGAAAUAUUCUAGUCUGUAUGAAAUGUGGAUUAUUUCUGAAAGAUAGUGAGAGCCUGCAGUCUGCUGUGAUCCGAGCAAUUGAAAACUGGAGCCAUUGACUUCCUAAUGUGGUUUUCAUCAACAAAAAUGGUGUUAUGCUUAAGCAUUGAAAAGAACUGCACCACUAGGGUUAAGGACUGUUAUAUCUGACAUUGUUAGCUAUGACUUUAUGUCUGGCAAAUUUCUUUUACAUGACUGUCGUAUAACAUUUGCUAAACAUAGCCAUAUAUUGGACAGCACUUGAGAGGUCACUUUAUGUCUUUGUCACAUAUACCUCAGUGCUUGGUGUUGUAAAACUAUUUCUGACAUUAAUCUGUUGAACCUAAAGCAGUUUAUACAAUUCAGCAUUUUUAUGAAUGAAGGCAUAUAAAUAUAGAAUGACAAAUAAAUAAAUGAUUAGCACCAUUUUAAGGUGGGUAAAGUCUCACUAAGAUUUUAUUUUCAAGAAUGUUUACCUCUUGAAAAACAAAUGUUGUGCCCUCGGAAAAUGCAAAAUUUUAUAAAACGAUUUUCAAGGUUCACAGAUAAUCUCUUAAUGCUGCAUCUGAAAGGAUCAUUUUCCUAGACAUCAGAAGAUGAAAAGCUUGAGACCUUUUGGUUUUCCAUGAUGUGAUUAAAUUAACCAGUUUUACUUCCAUAUCCCUGCCAUCAGCUUUCUCUCCGAUAAUACCUUGUGAAUGUCAGCAUACCACAAAAUAAAUAAUCAAGAUACAUUUGGCCUUACAGAUGAGUGCUCUCGUUGAUUGUAGUGUAUGAUGUUAGUGGCAUGUACAUUUGAAAAACAGGAUAAGAGUGCUGAAUAAUAUCUUACCUGUUCUUUCUCUGGAAUACAGUUUUUAUGUCUGACAUGCUGAAACAUUGUAAAUGUACAAUUCAUUGUGAAGGAUGUGAGUUUUCUUUGUUUUUAAUGGUAAAGGAGAUUAUUUAGUUUUAAGACCAAUUAUGUUUCGUCAAUAUUCAGUUGUUAACUCUACAUAGAUUUAUGCUUUUUUUACUUUUUUGAUUUUAUUCUUGUUUGGAACCUUGAUAAAAAUAUUUUAAAGAGCUGUUUCUUAGUGAUUCUUAUUUAUUUUUAUUUAAUUGUUUUGUCAUCAGAAUCUGCAUAUGUAAAUGAAUGUGGUUGUUUGGGGAUAUUUAUGCAUGGAGGUGAGUAUGUCAUGUAAAUCUGUCUGCGAGUCUUGAAAUUUUUUCAUAAAGGACAUUGGGGGAUUUAGAGUGAAGCCAUGUAAAUACUAUAUCUUUCUGAGCUGUAAAUUUGCUGUUUUACAGCUCUAUGUUCACAUCUGCAGAAAUAGCCUUGGAUAGCCAUACCUGUGAUAAUCUUUCUUGUGAAUACAUUUGUUUGUGUGCAUUUUGGCCGAUUCUUGGCUGAUUUGGAUAGAGUAGUAAAGAUGAAGUUGAAGUUUGACGAGAAGUAUGGUUGUAUUCGAGAAUUUCUGGGUUUUCCCUAUCCUGGCUAGAAUGAUAAAAGAACAAAUGCAACUGUGAAAUUAUCUAGUAUGUUUGUAAUGACCUUUUGUGAGGGUUGCUAGUCUUUUAAUCAGACACUGGAUAGCAAGGAUUUUUUUGUUUUAAUUUUACUGUGUUCAUGCUUUAGAUUUGUUAAAUUAUUCUUCAUGUUAUUAUCUGAGUUGUAUAGACUAAAACUAAUAAUGUGGCAAGAUUGAGUGAAAACAGUAAAUACUGCACAAUAAAUGCAACCAAAAAUUGAAAAAAACCACCAAAAUCAUUCUUGCCACUAAUAAUCAUGAACAGUACUGGAAUCUUUGUCAUUGGUAUUGUUAAUAGAUAAUUAUGUGCAUCAAUUGCCUUGACAAUUGUAGGCUUAAGGGGUCAAAAAGAGUUAUAAGAAUCAAUUGCUUGGAAAAUUAUGGGCAUCAGAUGUGAAGAAAUUUAUGAGGAUGAGAUGUGAAGAAGUUCUUGGGCAUAUCAGUUGUUAAAAUUAUGGGCAUCAUUUGUUAUUAGCACAAGCAAGAUACAGUGGUAACAAGCAUUAUUUAAUAUGUUACAGUGUCAUUGUAAGAAACUACGAACAGCUCCUUGCUAUACCUCUACAUCUAGCAAUAUCUCUUUAUAUUACAGUCCACUGAAACAUUACAAAUCUUAGAAGACAAACAACACCAUCAAGUAAUAAUAAUUAGAGAAGGUAUUCAUCUCUGUGCCUCAGGCAAAGCUUACAAACACCAAGUAAAACUACAUAGAUAAAAUAAUUUAAAAUAUGCAGGGUCAGCUUGCAUGUUCACAAAAUGAAAAUGUUGGAUGUUUGUACAUUGGUAUUGAAGAGAAUGAGAGUGGGCAAUAUAAAUCACAGUGGAUCUUAUGUUAAUAAUAUACAAAUAAGACCUUUUUUAUUUUCUUCCUGAGAAACCAAUAUAGCAGUAUUAAAGAGGUAUUUUUUGUGCUGAUGCCAAGAUAUUACUUUCAUUCUGGACAAGAUUUUUGAGUAUAUGGUAAAUUUAGCUUCUGUGAUAUCUGAGAAACGCUGAUAAAGUGUUCUUUGAGGCCUUAUCUUUGUAGAAGACUGAUGAUGAGUUUUUCCCCUCUAUGGAGCACAGGAGAGUAAUACUAGAUCAUAAUACAGAAAAGCUCUUUGUAAUUGUUUCAUCAGUUUUAUUAAAGCUGAAUGCCUUCAUAUAUAAAUCUUUAGAGGAAGUUUCAAUUUGACAUCAGUACAAAACUUUGCAUAAUGAAAAGAAAAAGGGGAAAAGACUUUCUUCAGGAGGAAGCUGUAUGUUGAUUUAAAACAAAACAGAUGUUUUCCUUCUUUGGUUCACUGUAAAUCUUAAGCUGCAUGUUUUUGGGAACCAUAGAGCAGUUAAUUUUUGCCUUGAAUCAUAAUUCUUUCUAGAAGUAAUGGUGGGGCAAGUUACUUCAUAUGAUUACUUGUGAAUUUUUUUUUUCAUUGCUUGUUUAUUUUUACUCCUUUUUUGUUUACUACUGCAACGCUUUCUGUGACUUCUUUGCACGGUGUCAUUUGCAAUGGACUCUUUAUGUUGUCCAUCAAAGCAAGACUGACUCAAAACAGACAAGCAAAUUGUACAUUCUAGGAAAGGUCAGUAGUGAUAAAUAAGAAUGCCAUUUCUUUGUGCCUAGUGGCAUUGCUGCAGAUAAUUAAGGAUAUGUAGUCCCCAGUAAGAGGGACAUUAUCACAAAGUACAUACUUUGGACACCACCAGCAAACCUGUAUUUGCGCACUAUAUAUGAACACCAACAGCAACCUCAUUGUAUAUCAGAUUAAAAUUGAUUAAUUUCAGUUUGGAAUAGAUCAUCUUUGUUUCUGUUUUGCUACUUCACUGCUGCUAUUGCUUGCUGUAGCUUCUUCAGCAGCUGUUUCUUGCAGGAAUAUUUUGCUGUAUUGAGGUGUAUUCCCACCAUAAAUUAUGCGAUAGCUGAAAAAUGUGUUAUAUGGAAAUUCUUAUUUGAGUAUUUUUUUAUUUAUUUUUUUUUUUGUUGCAUUGCUUUUAUGUGUACUGUGAAAUAUUUUCCUUAUUUGCCUGAACUCAAGACUUGAAAAACAUUGCUUUUUGCAAACUUUAUUGUGCAUGUUGAUUGCAGAAACUUGUGCUUUUUUUGCAGUUGUUUUUAUUCAUUAGGUAAGCUAGCAAGCUAAAUUGCAGAUUGUAUAUAUAUGCGUGGGUUGUUCUUGUUUCUGCAAAAUAUAUGGGCCAGGAAGAUGGUCAAAGAAAACUA